AUGCCUCACCUAUCCACCCUCCUAACCCUAACCCUCCCGCUCCUCCCCCUCGCCUCACCCAUGUUCCUCGUCCCCCGAAGCACCUGGAACGCCACCCCACCAACAGAACCCUACAAACCCAUGCCGGCGGCAAACCUUGGGACAAAAAUCCACUACGUCGGCCCCGUCUACACCACCCGCCCACACGCCCACUGCAGCGCCUACAUGAAAUCCAUCCAGGACGACCACCUAGCCGACCCCGAACAAGGCUGGAUGGACAUCGCGUAUAACCUGGCCGUAUGCGAGCACGGGUACGUCUUCGACGGCCGCGGUAAGGGCCAUAUGUCCGGAGCGAAUGGGAAUAGUACACUCAAUGAGAACCAUUAUGCCGUUCUUGCGUUUCUGGGGAAGGUGGGGCUUAUGGAGCCGACUGGGGAGCAGGUUGAGGGGAUUAAAGAUGCAAUUGCUUAUUUGAGGCGGGCUGGGGCCGGGAUGGAGAUUAAGGGGCAUAGGGAUGGGUGGAGUACUGAGUGUCCCGGGGAGAAUCUUUAUGGGCUUGUUACUGGGGGUGGAUUGGAGCCUGGGAGGGAGCUUUGGGAUGGCGGGGAGCAUGUUGUGAAGACCGGGGAGACGGUGGAGUGUAUUGCCAAGGAGUAUGAUGUGCCGGCGAGGUAUAUUGUUGCGGUGAAUGGGCUGGAGGGGGUUGAGGAUGUCAAGGCUGGCGAUGUGCUUGAGAUUCCGGCUAGGGGGGUGCCGAUUGACCCCAGUUUGUUUCCACCUGAGGAGGGGGAUGGGGAUGGGGAUGGUGGUGAGCUGGAGUAUGAGGAGUUUCCGGGGGCGGAUUUCUUCAAGGGCGAGCCGGAUAGUCCGAUUGUCAAGUCUAUGGGUGAGAGGUUGGUUGAGAUUGGCUGUGGCAAGUAUAGCGACGGGCCUGGGACGCAGUGGACGGACGAGGACCUGGCGAGCUAUACUUGCUGGCAGGAGGCGCUUGGGUAUACGGGGGCUGAUGCAGACGGAUGGCCUGGGAAGGUGUCUUGGGACCAGCUGCAGGUUCCGGCUGUGUGA